AUGUACGAAGCUGGGCGUGUGUACCCAGGCUGUGGGUUCGAGCUGGCCUUCAGUGUCAACUUCACCUUCGCCCUCUCGCCUAAGGGCAAGGAAAUCUCAAACGGCUUCGCUUUUGUCGUUUCGGCGACCAACACAGUGGGGAGCGACGUUGGCGUGGGCUACGGUGGGAUGGACACCCGAAGCAUGGCGGUUGAGUUUGACAUGCUUCAAAACAAGCCGCAAGACACCAUCCAAGUCCCGCACGUGGGGGUGAAUAUCCAGGGUCAGGAGAAAUCAGUCGCCGCUGUGAAGUCCCCGUUCCCACUGGCCAACAAGAAGCCAUACACGGCAUGGGUGGACUACGUGCCUGGGGACCCCGGAUUUGUUCGGGUGUUCCUCGCAACAACAGCAGUGAAGCCAAUGAAGCCGCUGAUAGAGACCCGCCUGUCGCUGUGUGCAGUGCUGAAACCAGGGCCGUCCCAGGCUGUCCCAGAGCAGCCGCGGGCGUUCUACAUUGGCUUCUUGGCGUCCACCACAGUGAAGCCGUUCAUGAUUCAUACCAUUACGAGCUCUUACCUGCGCACAGGCGCUCCUCCUCCACUUGCAACAGUCAACAUCAAUCCAGACAAGUCCUUUUUAUGCUAA